ACCUCUGCGAGUCGCUCAGAAAUUAUUGUUAUACAUUUAGUGAGCGCGGGUUCGUGUUGAAUUUUUUAGUGCCUUUUAAUUGACGCAUUGUCACGAAUUGUCAUCGGCAUUGGUCUUGAUCUUGGCCAUAAUACGUGUGAAACAUGCAAGUGGGGUUUGGCGCUACAUUGAUCCUGAUAACACAGUGCUUAAGUGGAUUUGUCAGUGGCCGUAUGUUCGCCUACGAGCGCGGCAAAUGUGAAAAUUCCAUCUUCAACGCUCUGCAGGAUAUGUUUAAAAUGGAGCUACGUGCAAUAAUCAAUCCACGUUUUCGUUACUCCAAUACUAAGCUAUUAGGAUACGAUCUAUAUACACCACUAAAUCCGUACAAACGUCAGGUCCUGCGCCCAGGCGACGUUGCCUCACUCCAAAAAUCAUACUUUAAUCCGAAGUGGCCUGUCAGAUUUUCCAUUCACGGCUGGACAGGUAAAAGCACCCACUGUUCUAAUGCAGCCAUCAAGGAUGCAUAUCUAUCCCGAGGUAACUACAACGUUAUAGUCGUGGACUGGAGUAUAUACUCCUUGGACAUAAGUUAUUCGCGUCUGUCGAAACAGCUCUCGGCCAUAGCGGCCGCUUUAGUCAAAUUUGUGCGUUUCUUGCAUCAGACAACAGGCGCGCCAUAUGAGCAGAUGUAUCUGGUGGGACACAGCGCUGGCAGUCACAUAUCGGGAUUGGCCGGCAAGCUGCUGAAGCCCCAGCGUUUUGGGGCCAUAUUUGCCCUGGAUCCCGCCGGCCUAAGUCAACUGAAUUUGGGACCCAGGGACCGUCUCGCACCAGAUGAUGCCAUCUACGUGGAGUCCAUACACUCGGACAUCACGCUGCUAGGCAACCCGAGCGUCGAACUCAGUCAGGCCAGCUUCUUCGCCAAUUGGGGUCAGGGUCAACCGCAAUGUCCAAACGCAACGGCUGCUGAAUUUGACUUCGCGUGCGAUCAUUUUGCGGCCUUGUAUUACUUCGCCCAGUCGAUUCGAGACCCAAAGAUGUUUGGUGCACUGGGUUGCGAUUCGCAGCAGAGCAUAACGACGGCGAGCUGUGGUUGCAGACAAGACAACAGCAAAGACAGCAGCGACAAAAAAACGUGCACAGCGGACGGGUUCAUGGGCGGUGAGCCAGCUGUGCCCAAGUCGGGCAUAUAUUACUUCAGCACCAAGCGACAACCGCCAUAUGGGCACGGGGAUGGGCUGGUGCAUAUGCGAACACCCAUAGAGUCGACUAUUUUGGAGAGUAGUGUGUUGCCGCGAGGACUCUUUCGGCGAAGUAUGAGGCCCACUACAGUUUGAUUUGUCGCUUUAAGCUUAAACUAAGGUUUAUUUGUUGGUAUAUAUUAUACUGCACAUUAGUGAUUACUGCAGAAAUCUUUGCAGCUAUUUAUCAAAUUAACCAAGAUCUUUAGCAAAUGUCUAUUAAGAACCGGCAUACGAAGCGAAUAUUUACACAAGUAUAGCCUGACAUAUGGGGCGUGCUAAUUCUCUUCAAUCAUUAACUGUUUUAUUUUAAUUUGCAUAAGUUUUUUAAACACUGUGUUAGCUAAUAUUUGGUAAAUUAAAUAUGUUAUUUAUAACACCAUUAGAGAAA